AUGAUCGGCCACAAGAAUGUCGCCGUGGCGCUGUUGACUCUACUCCUCUUGCCGCUGAUACUCUCCUCCACGGCGUCAGCGCGCUGGCCGCUUCCAUCGGCCACGAGUACAGAUGAUUUCUCGGUGUUGAGGAAAGUUCCCACUGGACCAAAUCCUAUCACCAGUGACCCGCCGCCUCCUCCUCCAUCGGCCAAAGACACUGACAACUUCUCGGUGCUGAGGAAGGUUCCCACUGGACCAAACCCCAUCACCAGCGACCCACCACCGCCGCCUCCAUCGGCCACGGAUACGGAUGACUUCUCGGUGCUGAGGAAGGUUCCCACUGGACCAGACCCCAUCACCAGCGACCCGCCACCGCCUCCUCCAUCGGCCACGAGCAUGGAUGACUUCUCGGUGCUGAGGAAGGUUCCCACUGGACCAGACCCCAUCACCAGCGACCCGCCGCCGCCUCCUCCAUCAGCCACGAGUACAGAUGACUUCUCGAUGCUGAGAAAGGUUCCCGCUGGGCCAGACCCCAUCACCAGCGACCCGCCGCCGCCGCCUCCAUCGGCCAUGAGCACGGACGACUUCUCAGUGCUGAGGAAGGUUCCCAAUGGGCCAAACCCUAUCACCAGUGACCCGCCGUCGCCUCCUCCAUCGGGCACUAGCACUUGA